ACCGUAUAAUUAUCUGCAAAAUGGUAGACAAUUUUUCAAAACACAAAACCGCACGCUUGUUACUUGGCACUUGUUAUGUCUGGAAAGAAAAUCCAAGUUCACCCACUUGCCAGCCAACCAAGAGAAUGCUACGAACAUGAGUUAAAAGAAGGCAGAUUUAAAAACAUAAGAGAGCUUUGUAGAACAAACUUAAUUCAACAGAAAAAUGAGAACACGGUAAGAUUUGUGUGCAUUUCAGACACACACGGCAAAACUAAUGAGUUAGUUGAGUCAUUACCGGAUGCUCAUGUCCUUAUACACGCCGGAGACUUUUCCAUGCUAAGCGGUGAAUCUGAAAUAAGAAAGUUCAACGAUUUUUUGCAGACUGUUAGCGUUAAAUUCAAGCAUAUCGUAGUCAUUGCAGGUAAUCAUGAAAUUUCAUUUGACGAAAAUACUUGUAAUAAAGGAGGGCUUCUCAUGUCCGCUAUUAGGUUGUACAAUUUAAGAUCACCAUUUUCGCACGACUUAACUCCUGCAGAAUCUAAGAGCCUUUUAAAAAACUGCUAUUACCUACAAGACGAUUCAAUUGAAUUAUUUGGUAUAAAGAUAUUCGGGUCACCCUGGCAACCAUCACAUUUCAAUCUUGCUUUCAAUAAAUCACGUGGUGAUGCACUGUUAGAAAAAUGGAAUAAAAUCCCCGAAGAUACUGAUAUACUGGUCACCCAUGGUCCGCCGUUGGGCAUUGGAGAUCGGGUAAAACAAUCUAUGCACGUGGGAUGUGCUGAAUUACUUCUUACUGUGCAGGACCGAGUCAAACCUAGGUAUCACGUAUUUGGACAUAUACACGAGGACUUCGGGGCAUGGACAGACCAAUGCACUACAUUUAUCAACGCGUCUAUAUGUGAUAGAAAAUAUAAUCCUGUUCAUAACUACGUUAUAUUCGACUACAGAUUGUAAAUUGAUAUAUAUUUUCGUAAAUGUAAAUACUCGUGUUCGUUUCA